AUGUCCAAUUUUUUACUUCUGAUUGAAAAUGUAAACCCCUUGAUUGAUUUGAUCAAACAAGUGGAUGAUAGUGUUACUAAUAAUCAUGAAGUUAUUAAAAGUCUACCGGACUUAUCAUUAAACUUUGAAACUGAGAAAAUCGAUGAUUUACAUAAUCAUAUAUAUAACAAAUAUGAUCUAUCAAAUAUCCCCACUGAUUUCCAUACAUCUAAUUCCCGAUUAAAUACAUUACUUGAAGACAACUAUCGAUUAAUAAUACACAAACAAAGGAUACAGAGGCGAAAUUAUGAAUUAUUCAAAAUUUUAAAAGAAUAUCAGGAAUUCAUUAUAAAAGAGUUGUUACCACAACUUAGAUUUCAUCAUGUAACCCAAUCAACCAAAGUUUUGAAGGAUAUUAAGACUCUCAAUCUUGAGAAACUUAAAGCUGACAAUCAACUAUGGGAGAAAUAUCAAGGAUAUAUUGAAAAAAUAGGUAAAAUAAUGGAAGUAUCGGAAUAUUUAAAUACAAGUCUAGAGGAUCUCGAUAAUCUAGACAUAGAGGUUAAAUUGGAAUCAAUAGAUAGAUUAAUAAAAGAUUUAGGUUAUAGUUUAUAG